UUACCGCGGGCGCGACACCGUCCUUGAACAAUGCAACGAUCGACCGUCGAAAAGCAACAGACCGGACCAACACGCUAAUUACCUAGCCGGACAGUCGCAAAUUGAAUACCGUGCAGACUGUUACAGUCUACCUACCUACAGCUAUUGCACAGCAGAUGUGGGUGUCGUCCAGGACGGACUGGACAUAGUUGCGUGGUGGCAGCAGUCUGAUCAAGAGCGUUGGAAAUUUGCAAGACGAACCGAAGGCUUGUGGAGCUGUAAUUGAGUGUAUGAAUUAGCCUGUCGCUCUUGCAUCCCCAGAUUUAUAAAUACACCACCAGGAGCUUGGCAGUUGCUACGGCCACAUUGCAAGCUGGCGGUGCAUCAGUCGCGCCACGGCAACCCUCAGUUCAGCAUCAAUCUGUUCUUGAUUUGAUUGAGCCCGACUUGCUGCAGACCCACGGCCAUGGGCCGCAAUGGGGAUCGCGUCGAGGUGUUGCCAGGGCCUGCAGGCAGGGAGGAUCGUGCUGCAGCGCUCCAGAGCACCUUCGGUGUCCAGGCCAACGCGAUCAUGCGCAAGAACUUUGUGUUCCAGAAGCGCAGCUGGGCCAACAACCUGUGCCUCCUGUUGACACCGGUGUUGCUGUGCGCGCUGCUGGGCAUCCUGCAGGCGCUCAUCAACAUUCUGCUGGACGGGGACAGCUUCAAGUGCGGCUGCAAGUGUAUCGAGUUCAGCGCCUCCGACCCAACCGACUGCCUCAGACGGGACAAGAACAUCUGCGGCCUGGAGUACUCGGAUGUGGACCAGGCUGUCUACUGCCCCAUCACCAGUCCGGCAGAGUGGCCAGCCCUCUUGCAGGUGCCUUUGCCUGAGUACCGUGCAGAGGCCCCGGGCCUCCCUGUGGGCUGCCAAGCCUCCGGGAGCUGUCCGCUGGCGGUGCCGUUCACUGGCGGGAAUCCAAGCCUGGCAUAUGAUCUGAGCGCCCACCUGUUUCAGCCAUCUCCGGCACCUCUGGUGCUGUCGGAUGUGAACACCGCCCUGGCGAGCCAGUAUCCAGGCACGGCAGCCCCUUCCUCGGGGACACUGCAGUACGAGCUGGCCUUCCAGAAUCGCUACGCGCUCUACUUUCUGCAAAACGACACCUGCCCCGCCAAUGUCACACAGCUCCUGGCCCUUGGUCAAGCUGCAGCCGCCCCCAUCUAUAGCAGCUUUGGGAUCAGCAACCCCCAGAAUUGGACGUGCUCGCCAGCAGUUACGCUGUGGAACAGCAAUGUUGCGUCAAUCAAUGAGCAGCUGUUUGUGGGGUACCGAGGGGGGAACCCGGAGCGCACCAUCAGCGAGUACACAGCCGCGUACGACUGGCGCAACACGAGCACGUCCAACUUCGUGGUGGGCGUCCACUACAAUAGCACCUACCAGAACAACACGUCGGAUGCGCCGCCCUCCAUCAUGCGCAUCGCACGCCAGAUCAACCUGGCGGCGCAGGCGUUCUUGCGGUGGCAGCGGCCGGGGGCGUCUUUGCCGCUGCUGUUUGUGAAGGACAUGCCCAAGCCGGGGACGCGGCUGCGCCUCGACUUCUCGUCCCUGCUGGGCCCGCUGUUCUACAUGUGGGUGUGGCAGAUGCUGUACCCGGUGCUCCUGGCGUCGCUGGUGUACGAGAAGGAGAAGAACCUGCGCACCAUGAUGCGCAUGCACGGCCUCACCGACCUGCCCUACUGGAUCGUCAUGUACACCUGGUUUUUGGUGCUGAGCGUGGCGUACAUGAUCAUCUUCAUGGUGGUGGGGUCGGCCAUCCAGCUCAAGUUCUUUUUGCUCAACGACUACGGCAUCCAGAUCAUCUUCUACUUCGUCUUCCUCAACAACCAGGUCGCGUGGACCUUCCUCACCGCCACCAUCUUCUCCAAGACCAAGACCGCCACAGUGUGCGGGUACCUGUACGUGUUUGGCAGCGGGCUGCUUGGCCAGUUCCUGCUGCGCUUUUUCCUGGAGGACCCCACCUUCAACGGCAGCGGCAUCUUCUUCCUGGAGUGGAUCCCCUGCUUCGCGCUUUACCGCGGCCUCUACGAGUUUGCGCAAGCCGCCUUCAUCGGCAACUACCAGGACGAGAGCGGCAUGAAGUGGAGCGAUCUGAGCGACAGCCAGAACGGGCUGGUCACCGCGCUGCUCAUCCUGCUCAUCGAGUGGGCCGUCUUCCUCCUCCUCGGCUUCUACUUCGACCAGGUGGUGUCCUCCGGCAGCGGGGUGAAGAAGCCGUGGCUGUUCUGCCUGGGCAAGCGCGGCACCCCCGCCCCCAAGGAGGCCGGCCGGCGCGCCAGUGCGGAGGUGGGCGUGGACAUGGAGCGGCCGGACGUGGCCGCGGAGCGCGCCGCAGUGGCGCAGCUCAAGGACGGGACGGGCGGGAACGUGAUCGUGUGCAAGAACCUGAACAAGGUCUUCCCCAGCCGCGACGGCAACCCGCCCAAGGUGGCCGUCAAGUCGCUCGCGCUCGCCGUGCCGCGCGGGGAGUGCUUCGGCAUGCUGGGGCCCAACGGUGCGGGCAAGACGACGAGCAUCAAUAUGAUGGUGGGCUUCCUGCAGCCCAGCGCGGGGACGGCGCUCAUCGAGGGGCUGGACAUCCGCACCGACAUGACCAAGAUCUACUCCGUCAUGGGCGUCUGCCCGCAGCACGAUUUGCUGUGGGAGUCUUUGAGCGGGCGGGAGCACCUGCUGUUCUACGGGCGCCUGAAGAACCUGCGCGGCCCCGCGCUGCAAGCCGCCGUGGAGCGCUCCCUGCGCAGCGUCAACCUGUACGCAGGCGGCGUGGGCGACAAGCGCGCCGGGCAGUACAGCGGGGGCAUGAAGCGCCGCCUCAGCGUCGCCAUCUCGCUCAUCGGGGACCCCCUCGUCGUGUACAUGGACGAGCCGAGUACGGGCUUGGACCCGGCAUCGCGCAACAACCUGUGGCAGGUCGUCAAGGACGCCAAGAAGGACCGGGCCAUCAUCCUCACGACGCAUUCGAUGGAGGAGGCGGAGGUGUUGUGCGACCGGCUGGGCAUCUUCGUGGACGGCCAGUUCCAGUGCAUAGGCAACCCCAAAGAGUUAACCUCGCGCUAUGGCGGGAGCUACGUGUUCAGCGUCACGACGGCCCCCCAGGAGAUGGCCGCCGUGGGCGAGCUGGUGCAUUCGCUGAGCCCCGGGGCGCGCCGCGUGUACGCCGUCUCGGGCACGCAGAGGUUCGAGCUGCCCACCGACGAGGUGGACCUGGCGAAGGUGUUUGCUGCAGUGGAGCGGGCGAAGGGGCGGCUGCAGAUCCAGGCGUGGGGGAUUGCCAACACGACGCUGGAGGACGUGUUCGUCAAGAUUUCCAAGGAGGCGCAGCUGGGGGAACGCACGCUCUCAUGAGGCGGCCACCGCAGCAACGGCUCAUGUAACAUAGCUCCGUAGCCACGGAGAGGAUCGAGCAUUCUUUCAGGACUUCAGUACAGUUCCCACACUAAUGGUAGCGAGCUGGUAUGAGAAAUAAGGGGUCACCGUCCUCAAGCCGAUUCAUGCAAGUUGCUGGGUAUAGACAGGCACCGAAAUGGCCUGUUAUGAAGUUUCCGUUCUGAUCCGAGUACAUUUGUGGAUUCAAUGGGUUGUAGCUUGUUGCUAUAAGUUAAGCCUAUCUAUGAACGCCUUUCAAACUCUAGCUUCGACGAGUAUGCUUACCUUAGGCACAACCUUUAGUACAGACAACUGAAGCGCAUCUCCGUUUGUUCAUUCAAUAUGUGCUAACGUCUCCUGACUCGAUCCUUAUGGUUCACAUUUACAUUGUAUCAACGUUAGUGACAUACACUAGUGCAA